GCUGAAAACGUAAAGAUGCGAGGGGCAUUUUUGCUCGAGCCUCGAGGGGACGAGAUGACACAUGACAGACGACAGAAAUCAGAACCGCAGUCCCGUUCUGCUCUUGGAGUCCCCCACCCCUGCGUCUUCGCCAUGGAGACGCGCGGCAAGCGGCUCCUCCCCUUUCUACUGGUCCUCAUCGCCGCGGCGGUGGCUCCGUCCGCCAUGUCCCGUGACGAGAGAGAGGUGGUGAAGGUGUCCGGUGCGCCGGACGGGGUUGUGUGGGCGGCCCAGCUCUCGGAUCUCCACUUCAGCGUGCACCACCCGGAGCGCGCCUACGACUUCCGGCGGUAUGUCGGCCCGGCGCUGGCCAUGGUCAACCCCGACCUCGUCCUGAUCACAGGAGACCUUACUGAUGGGAAAAGCAAAGAUUUGUUAACAAUGAAACAGAACGAGGCAGAAUGGGUGGAAUAUGAAAGUACAAUGAAGGAAAUCAUUGAAAGUAGCAAGCUUCCAAGAAGGAUUUUCUAUGAUCUGAGAGGAAAUCAUGAUAGCUUUGGUGUACCAGCAUCUGGUGACGACUAUGACUUUUAUAAUAAGUAUAGCAUCAAUGCCAAGUUAAGACGGCAGGGGCGUGUCCAAAGCAUUACUUUGGAGAAUAGUGGUCGGAAGCAUCUGUUUGUUGGCUUUGAUAGCACAAUGGAGAUUGGUCUUAGAGGUCCAACCAAUCUAUUUGGACAUCCAACUGACAAGCAGGUGAUUGAAUUGGAUCAAGCGCUAUCACAGUGGGAUACUGACUUUGACAAGGCUCCAGUGACAAAAAUUGCAUUUGGGCACUUCCCUUUGUCUUUCUCAGCAUUAACAGAGUCAGGAAAAAGUAUCAAGGAUGUUUUUCUAAAACAAUCAUUGGCAGCAUACUUGUGUGGGCAUCUUCAUACAAGGUUCGGGAAAAACUUGAAACGAUACUACCAUCGGCAAGUCCAGGAACCAUCAUUAUCAGAGCAUUACUACCAACUUAACAUGCACCAAGGAGAUGCAAUCCAUAGUAAUAAGGAAAACUGUUCUGAAGAAGCAGCUCAUAUUGAAGAGUUCUGGGAAUGGGAGAUGGGUGAUUGGAGAAAGAGCAGAAGUAUGAGGGUACUAGCAAUUGAUGAUGGAUAUGUCUCCUAUACUGAUAUAGAUUUCAGAUUAGGCUCAAAGAGCAUAAUCAUACUACCUACCUUUCCACUUGAUUCAAGAUUCAUGCAGAGAGCCUCUGGUUUUCGUGAUUUCAAAUGUCAUGUCCCGGGGGCAUCGUCUUUUGAUACCGUGAGAGCUCUUGUUUUCUCUAAACAUGAGAUAGUAUCUGUUUCUAUAAAAAUAUAUGACUCAAGGCCAGGAACUCUUGAAGUAGUCUUUGACUCUGAAAUGAAAAGGGUGGAUUCCAAUGAAACUCGAGGAAAUAUGUAUUUGAUACCAUGGAACUGGAGGGCAUUUGAAGAUUCCUCUCCCAGCCGAUAUUGGCUCCAAAUUGAAGUGAUGGAUAUAACAGGUGACACAAGUGUCAGCCAGUUGAGGCCAUUCUCUGUUAACGGCUUGUCUGCAAGAGUGAACUGGACAUGGAAAGAGUUUUUUGUGAUGGGUAUCCAGUGGGCUUCAAUAUAUCAUCCUGCACUGUGGUGUGCCUUUUCUCUAAUUUUUUCGUUGCUUCUUGUUCCACAAGUUUUAGCAGUGGUAUUCAAAGAUCAGUUCACAUAUAAAUGUCUAUGCACAUAUGGUAGGCAGAGGACACUGUUGAAAUCUCUAGUUGGUGGUUUCAUCUGUUCUUUUGUUGAACUCGCCAGGGUGAUUCUUGUAUGGUUAUUGCUCCUGCUAUAUGCUGUCUAUUUAGUUUUUAUACCUUGGUUAUUUGGUCACCCUGUUACUGAAGAUGGUAGCCUGACAUUCAUGACAUAUAAAGGUUGGAUUCUAAAAGGACCCAAUAGUAGCAACAAAGUAGUCCAUGCUGGGAUUCCAGAUGUCAUGGUCAUUGUUCUACCUCACCUUUGUUUUGUGUUACUACCCACUAUUGUGAUUUUAGCUGCCAUGGCUGCUGAGAGAGCUGCAUAUCGAGAGCAUUAUCUUUCUCGAUCAGGAAAGAAGAAAGAUGAUUACUACCAAAAGAGCAGGAGACAGAUAGAACAUGAAAACUUUUGGAAUGGUCGCUGGAUUAGAAAAUUUCUGUGUGUUCUUUGCGUGGUGGUUCUAUGGAAACAUUGGAAGCUUUGCAGAGCGCUUGUGAAGGCUUAUGCUAUGAACUCUUUGCUCCAUGCGCCAGUACUUUUCUUCUUCAUUCCUUUACUCAUGGUGUUUGCCAUCUACAAGACAUGGUCCAUUUAGCUGUUCAGGAGUUCCGAAGGUAUGCUGCACUGGACUGUUUACAAAUGGUCCUUCAUUUUGUGAAGACUAACUCACAACUGAAGGUUUACUACUUCCAUUUUCUCUCUCUCAUUCAGAGAGCAUUUUUGUUAGAUUGUUUAACACAUAUAGCUUUCAGCAUUGUGCUGCGUAUAAAUGAGAGACUACACAACAUUUCACUAGAAUGGACGGUUAGGAUCUAGACCAAGUGAGGAAGGGAUAUACUGCUCAAUAUAUAGUUACUCCUCUUUCUUUUGUGAAAGUUCUUUUUUCCUCCUUUGUUGAGCUACUGGCUUUGUUUUUCGUUACAUUUAUCCUUGUGAGACUUUGGCCAUCUACAGUUUAAAAAAUGUUAGCAUUGUCGUUUGAGGAAAGUUUGUUA